AUGCCUUCUGAGACGUUUCUACCACGGAUUCACUCCGUUUUCUACGCCAUCUUCGAUGUCAAGCAGGGGCCCAAGAUCGUGUACCAGGUCCCCGAAGGCCUAAUCGCCACGUCUCCAGCUGGUCUGUCCAGCUUAUCCGCGGCGUCGUCACCGAAAUCGUCUACGGUCGCGCUGGAAGGAGAGGCUCCUCGUCCAAGUUCAAGGCAGGUCUCCUCUCCCCCACAUCCAUCCUCGAACCGGGUUCUCUUCGACUUUGGUGACAUCUCCAAGUAUGUGAUACCGUCCAACCCACUCUGUGGCCGUCUCGUCAUCUGUGCUACACGCAACCAUCGUAUCAUUGGAUUUCCCGUGUCCAUCUUGGGGUCUGAGUAUAAACGAAACUACUUCAGAUUCAACCUUUGCUUCGUGUUCGAACGCGCGGCGGAUCUGAGCUGUUACAAGCCAAUCGUUCGCAAAGUUAGUCGCGUUUUGGCGGCUUGUGAGGAAGAAUCCAUGUUUUUGUCUUCUCCGCAGUCUUCUCCUGCAAUGCACGCUAUCCUCGAACAGCUCUACGAAGACCUGAAUUCGUAUUCUGAAACUUCAAUACCAAUUGAUGCGUUCAAUUCUAUCGAACUCAAAAUCUUCCCAUUCUACCCAAACCCACCACCAGUCAAGGAUUGGCAGGUGCCGCUCGCGUUAAUUAAUCUGAAAAGUCGUGUGGAGGACAACUGGGAUCUCACUGUGAAGAAGGUCUGUGAACACAUCAACGGUAUUAAUCAUGUUCGUCGCAUAGCCCAGCUGGCAGAUUGUGAUCUCCAGCUGACGCGUCAAGCGGUCGCACACCUGCUUUACUAUCAGGUCAUCAUGACAGUAGACAUCUUCCAAUAUUCGAAUAUGUAUACUUUGAGGAAGAAUGUGCAAUGGCUUGCGGAUGAGCCCCAUGUCAAAGAUGAAUGCGGGCCCUACGUGACAAAGCCCGGCAAGCCAAUCCCAGACUGGCCAAAGCUUUUGCACUUGUACUCGAGACUUAAGCCGGGAAAGACGGUGUUCGAGUGGAUGGAAAGCCACAAUGUUCAUGAUCUUGGUGUCGACGUACGGCGAUUCACAAGUUUUGGCGUGAUAAAGGCUGAGUGAAAUUGCCUCACUACCUCGAGUCCCUUUCUAUACCUCUCGCCAGGGCUUUUUGCGUCGCGUUCAUCGCUACCCGGUUCUCCUUCCACCAGACCCUUCAUUGUCGACCAAUAGACGACGCCACAGCAUCUCGAAGUCUCCUGCGCCACUUGAACACUUCCUCGCAACCAAGCCCAACAUCCACUUCUGUAGAUGCAAUCAGAUAUUCUGGAAUUCCCUCGCUUGCUCCUAUGGGCAGCGAGCAGAUGUUGUAUUCACCUACCAAAGAAAUGGAACCUCCCAUAUAUUCCCAACGUCGUACGAGUGCUGCUGAGAAGGCACUAGGAACAGUUACACAUGUCUCUCCAACGGACAGCAGUCCACUUCUUCUACUCGUGCGCAAAUAGUGUCCUCAGCAUCCCCUGACGAGGGCAGCGGUAGUCACCAGGCUCGUCCAUUCGGGAGACACAGAGUUAACUCGGACACGCGACGGCACUCCACGCCUUUCCAGUAUGGAACCU